AUGGAACAUUAAGAAAUUAAAUCAGAUAAACCUGUAGUAAUCUAUGGAGGUGAUUAUUGUCCAUAUUGUCAUAAAUUAAAGCAUUUUUUGGAUACUAAAAAUAUACCUUAUGAAUACAGAGAUAUCACAAAAGAUAAAGAACAUGAAAGAUAAGUGAAUGAAUUUGUAGUUAAAUUGAAAUGGAGUACAAUACCUAUGGUAUUCAUUAAAUAAAAAUUUGUUGGUGGAUAUACAGAUGUAGUAAAUUUAGAUUAGAAGGGAGAAUUGGAGAAAUUAUUAAAAUGA